UCAUAAACAAUCUCUCUAUUUUACAAUGAGGCAUACCAGUUUUUAUGUCCUAUUUUUUCAUUAAAUUUAGUCAGUGAAAGUAUGAAGACGAUUGCCAACGUUACCAUCUUCUAUCAAAAAUUCAGCCUUGGGCACCCAAGAGAUAUGAUCGAGGAAUUAAUAACUUUAAAAUGGCUCAAAGAAAACAAAAACCGGCGAAUCGUUGCGUCGAGCAAUUUGGUUUAGUCAUCGGCUUGUUUAGUUGUGUGCGUUGUUAAGACAGUUAUACCGAAAGCUCUGGAUAUCGAUCGGAUACUUCGUCGAUAUAAAAUCAUUCCGGACAUCAUUGAUGAAGCGCCUAAGUUCGUUAUGGACGACUGCAUAGAACUACAUUCUUGGUCUACUCACAAAAGAAACGAAUCAAUUUUACAGAACCACGAUAUUCGUCAAAGGAUCGAUAAAAUUUCAAAACUGCAAUAUUUAUCAAUGGAAGAAAAGAUAUUACGAAGUAGUAUGACACCGCUUUUGAAAGCUGUGAAGUUGAGCGGACUAUUUUCGUUAUUUUAUUUGUCCCGAAUAAGUAUUGCAAUGGCUCCCAAUGACGAAUACAAAACCAGAGAAAGUAUCAGAUCCACGUUACGAAAACAUUUCGUCAUUCCAGAUGUAUUGUCCGUGGCGCCCAAUGCUUACGCAUCUGUACAGUAUUCAACUUUCACUGUAAACAUGGGAAAUAAGGUGGAUCCGAGGUACGCGCAACAUACUCCUUCAGUUUGGUGGCCAACAGAAGAGGGUGGUUUAUACACGCUCAUGAUGGUUGACGCUGAUGUACCGAACCGAAGAAAUCCUCAGUACCGGUGUCGACAACAUUGGCUCGUGGUCAACAUACCGAGGGUAGAUAUUUAUAAUGGCAAAACGCUAACGGAGUACAUAGGUCCGAUCGCGCCAAAAAAUUCAGGCUUGCAUCGUGUUGUUUUCCUGAUGUUUAGACAAAAGGGGCCGAUAGAGCCAGAUGAACCUUUAAUAACAGUCAUAAACAGAGGCCCAAAUAUUCGAACGAGAUUCCUGCCUAGAAAUUUCUCCGCAAAAUAUUCUUUGUCGGAUCCGAUCGCGGUGAACUUUUUCCAGGUCGGAUUUCCGAUUUACCAAAACAAAGAAGAGCGCCACUCCUGGGUAAGGAAGGGGAUCACUCCACCACGCCAUUACGUGAGCGUCACCAAUCCCAUGGCUCCGCGUUCGAUACCUCCAGCUGAAAAUAUUUUCAACGCAACUGACUACACAAUUGUUGUUAACGGUGAUGCAGUCUCUGUACCUCAGACGUAAACUUACUUCAGUAGUAUUAGGCAAAUUAGAGAUCUGCAAAAGGUUAAAAACAAAUUUUAAGACUUUCUGAAAACCUGAGAAUAUUUACAAUUUAUUUUGUGCCCUUACUUAGUAGAAAUAAUAUUCACAAACACGUAUUCUGUGUCUAUCCUUUGUGUGCUAGCUGUAGUUACGAGCACUAAACUUAGAAAUUUGUACUUUGUACAUCUGAUUCUUGUUGCUGACCUUUAAGUUUCAUCCAUCAAAAUAUAAUUCUGUAAUUAUCGCAACCCAUCGAUUUCCGCGAAACUCGUUGGUUGGCUUUUAUAGUGGAUGGGAAAUAAGAGCCGUCUAUAUUUUAUCACAAAUAUAAAUUGCAAAAAGAAAGAAAAGAAAAUGCGGAACUUCCUUCUUUCAAUUUAUUGUAAUAGAUUGCCAACUAACUGUGUGUGGCUCCUGAUUAACUGAUCCAGUGUCUUGAAUAAGCAGCAAUCCCCGAUAUUCGUGGACUCAUAUUCUACCGGCGAAUUUUCAUGACACUGACAAAAUGAAGGCAUCACGCCACCUUCGGCCCUUUUUGUCAAAUAUGCGAUUCGUCGAUCAUCGAUGAUUCCUGCGCAUUUUGUGCUUUACAUUUAAUCGCACAAAAGAACCUUUAGAAACUGCAGUUUCAGAGAUAAAAUAUUUUAAGAUGCGUAUACGCUGUGAGGAGAUCUCCAUACACGGGUAAAAGAGUCCUUUGAUCUCAAACGGAGUAAUGUCAUCAAGCCGGAAUUUCAUACAUUUAAAUUGAUUUUAGUGAGCUCUGUUGAAAAAAAAAAAUCGAAUAAAUGUUCCAUCGCUACUUAAUUUUGUUAAAAAGUUGCCUCCUAGGAUUAAAAUUAGUUUCAGCUAAUGAUAAUAGGCUCCAUCAAUCUUUUUCACGGAAUGAGACUCAGAUCCAUACCUUCGUUUUGCACAUAUGGUUACAGCUUACCUCAUAAGUAGUGGUAAGGUCAUAAGUAGUGCAGACGCUCUAAUACGUGUUUGUGGAUAUUAUUUUUACUAAGUAAGGACACAAAAUAAAUUGUAAAUAUUCUCAGGUCUUAAUAAAGUCUUAAAAUUUGUUUUUACCUCUUGAGAAGACACGUCACAGUGUUAACAUUUGAGAACUUGGUAUAUUUUUUCUUUGUUUUCCAGUAAAUUUAAAUGUACAAAAUGUUACGAUAAGAUAAAAUAUAUCUACGUAGUUGCUUUACAGUAUGCACAUUGUUUCAGCAUCCUUCCAACAGUUUCAACACCUGCACUUGGCCGAUUAGAACAUCAAAGGUCAUCAAAAAUGACAGAAUUCAGUUAUCUCUUUUCAUAAUUGUUGUUUUCAAUAAAUAUCAUCCCUGUUAAA